AUGUCGGAUGCUCGUUCGGAGAAAGGCCCCGACGAGCCUGCAGCAGAGGCCCCAAAAGCCGCACCGCCACCAGCAAGUGUUCCCGACGGUGGCCUCCAGGCAUGGCUGACAGUGGCUGGCGCAUCAGUCGCUCUGUUUGUCUCCUUCGGCUGGGUCAACUGUAUUGGUCUCUUCCAGGCUGAGUACGAAACGAACCAGUUGAAGGACUAUUCGAGCUCGGAUGUAUCUUGGAUCACGUCUAUGGAAUUUUUCUUUAUGCUUUUCGCUUCCCCCGUGGCGGGCAAGCUGUUCGACAGCUGUGGUCCGCGCUUGCCGAUUGCGAUCGGAUCGGUCUUGCAUGUCUUUGGACUGAUGAUGGCCAGUCUCUCCCACAAAUAUUAUCAGUUCAUGCUGAGCCAGUCGGUGGUGUCUGAAACAGACUCUGCUACUGGAGUCGCAUCUCUGAAAUGCUUGGACCAGCGACGAUAA